AUGCUAAUGUACUUCAAGUUUCCACUUAACGAUGUCAAAGCAUUUAUGAGCAUUAACGAGGAAUGGCCGUUUGAGCUGUUCUGCGAGAGCCUGACCUAUGACCUCUUCAGCACGCACUGGGAGGUUCGUCACGGCGCGGCGAUCGGUCUGCGGGAGGUGCUGCGGCAGCACGCAGGGGGCGCCGGCAGGACGCCGGGCAUGGACACGGCGCAGCAAGAGGGCGCCACUCAGCGCUACCUCGAGGACAUUGCGCUGCGCACCACCUGCGUGCUCGCGCUCGACAAAUUCGGAGACUUUGUGUCGGAUGAGGUGGUGGCGCCGGUGAGAGAGAGCUGUGCGCAGGCGCUCGGCAUCGUGCUGAGCGUGAUGCGCGAGGACGCCGUCGUGUCUGUCAUGAACAUUCUCAUCACGCUGCUGCGGCAGGAGCAGUGGGAGGCGCGCCACGGAGCCCUGCUCGGACUCAAGUACCUGCUCGCAGUACGCAAGGAGCUGACAGCCAAGCUGCUACCGGAGGUGUUUCCGAGUGUGUUUGCCGGUCUGCAGGAUUCCUGUGAUGAUGUGAGCGCCGUGUCUGCUGCCGCGCUCGCUCCCGUAGCAGACGACAUCGUCAACUUCCUCCCCGAUCAGGUAACAAGUUUGAUCACGUGUCUGUGGGACUUACUGCUCGACCUCGAUGACCUGACCGCUGCAACGAAUAGCAUGAUGAGCCUACUCUCCUCUCUCCUCGCUAACUCUCACGUCUCCUACACACACAG